CCUCCUGCUGAGCUCAAGGCCUGACUCCUUGUCCUGUCUCACUAGGCAUCACUGGCAGUGUCCUCAUACCCUGAGGAGAUUGUGGGGAUUGGUGGGAGAUUUGUGAGGAUUGGGAUCCCCCUUCAGAUAUUUGUAUGGAUUGGUGCAAUCCCCUCAAGUGAGAGCUUUGUGGGGACACGUGAGCAGCAGUCCAAAGCUGCACAGGGACCCAGGAGCUCUGGCAGCCAGUCAGGCACAGAGGGGGCAUUGCCAGGAGCAGAGUGGGAGAUCAGAAUGGCUCCAGACAGAGCAGGUGACCCAGAAAUGGGACAUAGAGCAGCAGCAGGGCACAGCGUGGCAGUUCAGCAGGGUGUGUAGGAGAGCACAGCAACCCUCCUGACUCUGGAGGUGAGCUCACCUCAGGUGGAGAUUGUUUUUUUCACUUGUCCAACUUGAUUAGAGCCAGCAGUAGUUUACACACUGACAAAAGCCAUUGCUGGCAGGAGCAUGGAGACCCAGACAGAGCUCCACAAGAAACAUGCAGCUGUCCAGGUCUCUGCCUGCAGGGAGUGUCUGACCCUACAGUUACUACUGGAGGAGAGUGGAAACAACACUGCAUGUGGUGUAAACAGGUGGAGGAUCUUAAAGAGGAGGUGGAGAGGCUGAGGAUUAUCAGGGAGUGCAAAGCAGAAAUAGACCAGUGGAGUUGCACCCUUCCAUCCAGGAGAGAAAUGAACUGCAUGAAAGCCUUCUCCAGACUAAGCAGGCCAAGCUCCUGCAGUCUCUCCUCAUCACAGACAUUCUCCAGACCCUGAAUCAUCUUUGUGGCCUGCUUGACCCUCUCCAGCAGCUCCUUGUCUUUCCUGACUGAGCUGUGGAGCCCAGAACUGAAUACAGCAGUUCAGGUAUGACCUCACCUGGGCAGGACAGAGGGGCAGGAUCACCCCCCUGACCUGCUGGCCACACUCCAUCCAACACCCCUGUGAUGUCCCAUCCAGAGGAGAAGGGAGAACCUGGGAUCACAUAUCUGCAGGAAGAAUUUAAUGUUUUUGAUAAUGACAAGGAUGAAGGGAUGGAGGGCACCCUCAGCAGGUUUGCAGGUCACACCAAGAUGAGUGGGGCAGGUCUCUCCCUGAGGGAUCUGGACAGGCUCAAGUGGUGGCCCAUGGGAACCUCAUGAGGUUUAACAAAGCCAAGUGCAGAUGCUGUGCCUGGGGCAACCUUUGGAAUCAAUCCAGACUUGGGAUGAGCAGAUGGAGGAGCUCUGGGAGAAGGAAUUGGGGGUGCUGGACACAACCCAGCCCAGAAUCCCCCUGUCCUGGGUUCAUCCCAUAGCAUGGGCAGCAGGAAAUUCACUUGGAUUGUUGUGUGAGGGAAAAAUGUAGGUGAACUAGCAGAGCAGUGCUGUUUUACAGUAAGGAUCACCACAUUUAAAAUGUUCACUCAGGGUGGGAAGAAGGGCAUGACAGGCUGAGAGAGUUACGGCUGCUCAGCCUGGAGAACAGCUGGUUCCAGGGAGACUUUGAUGCCCCUUCCAGUACUUAAAGGAGCCUUAGAAGAAGGCUGGAGGGGUACUUUGGACAAGGGCAUGGAGUGAUAGGACAAGAAAAAUGGCCCUAAGCUGAAGGCGGGCAGAUUUAGAUUAGGUGUUGGGAAGGAAUUUCUGACUGUGAGGGUGGGCAGGCCCUGGCACAGGUUGCCCUGAGAAGCUGUGUCUGCCCCUGGAUCCCUGGCAGUGUCCAAGGCCAGGCUGGACGGAGCUUGGAGCAGCCUGGGACAGUGGAAGGUGGCCCUGCCCAUGACAGGGAUGGCACUGGGAGGUCAUUAAAAGUCCCUUCCACCCAGACCAUUCCAUGUCUCUAUGACUGUGCUGCCCCUCCCUGCCAUGCCCAGCACACAGAACCAGCCCCUCUGUGACAGCGGCUCUGGGCCGGGGGCACUGUGAGCACCACAAAGGCUGUGGGUGCUGUGGCGGUGGCUGCACUGGAGGUGACACCUCGGUUCUGGCUGCUGCCACCUGCACUGGCACCAAUGGCUUUUCUGUGGCUUCUCAUCCUGCUGGCCCUGGCCUGGCCCGUGGGAGGCACCUGGGACACCUGCAGCGGGACCUGUGGGCUCCGGCCCAUGGCUUCUGACCACAGCUCUGCAGUUCUCGACUACGGCUCCGUGGCUUCUGCUGCUGGCACGUCCCAUGUCAUGGGUGGCACCAGUGUCCAGCCAGGGGCCUGGCCUGGCAUUGUCAGCAUCCAGGCCACCUGGGAGAACGGCACGUGGCACAUGUGCACCGGUGUCCUCCUCAGCUCCCAGUGGGUCCUCACGGUCGCACACUGCUUCGCCAGGGGCGGGGACAUCUCCACGUGGGAGGUGGUGUUGGGGGCCAUAGAUCUGACUCAGCUGGGCCCUGAGGCUGAGGUGAGACACAUCCAGAGGCUCCUGGUACACCGGCACUACGUGCCUGCCACGGCGAGGAAUGACAUCGCCCUGCUGGAGCUGGAGCAGCCCGUGGAGUGCAGCGACUACAUCCAGCUGGGCUGCGUGCCCGACGCCUCGCUCAGGGUCUCGGAGCUGAAAUCCUGCUACAUCGCCGGCUGGAACUUUGCCAGAGCUCAGGGAACAGGCAUGGUGCUGCAGGAGUCCAAGGUCCACCUGAUGGACACGGAGCUCUGCAACAGCAGCCCAUGGUACGCGGGGGCCGUUCAUGCUGACAACCUGUGUGCUGGGUACCCGCAGGGUGGCAUCGACACCUGCCAGGGGGACAGUGGGGGUCCCCUCGUCUGCAAGGACAACAGAGCCGACUACUUCUGGCUUGUGGGAAUGAACAGCUGGGGAAAAGGCUGUGACAGAGCCAGGCACCCCGGGGUCUACACCUCCACUCAGCACUUCUACAACUGGAUCCUGCUCCAGACGGGCCUGAGCCCAGCAGAAAGAGCCGGUCCAGCACCGGAGCCAGUUGUCACCUUGGCCCCUGAGCAGAGUCUGGAACCAGAGGAACCAGAAGAACCAGAGGAACCAGAGGAACCAGAGGAACCAGAGGAACACAUCCGCUUGACCCCCGAGUACAGCCAGCGACCAGUGGUGACAUCCUCGGGCACGUCACUGCCCGUGCUGUUCCCACACCAGAUCCUGGUGCAAUUCUGGAAUCUGCUGCAGGAGUUCCUGCAGUUUCUGAAGGACAAAGAAGCUUGAGCAGCAACAGGAUGAGCAGGACCCAGGGCUACAGUGGACCACAGCAUUUCCUGCCAGGCCAAAGGUAGCCUUGGGCCAGGGGCUUCUCUGU